GCGGCCCAGACCGGUCAAAUCCUCCGUAGACCGCGCCCCGUUCCUCCCUCUAUAUAUUCUCACCCCCCCACCCCUCGUUUUCUCCCCAUUCCCAAACCACCUCCUCGAUCCCCCAUCUCUCUCCUUUUCCCUUCCUCUAUUGUUGUUGUUGUUAUUAUUCCUCAAAUCUUAAGGGGAAAACGAAAAGGAAAAGAGAUCGAAAUCGAGAUCGAGAUCGAGAUCGAGGUCGCUACCAUGGUGGAGGAGAUGAAGGCCAGCACGAAGAAGCCCCGCGUCGCCAGAAGCGGCGGCGGGGGAGCGGCGGCGGAGGGGGGGGUGCGGUACCGCGGGGUGCGGAAGCGGCCGUGGGGGAGAUUUGCGGCGGAGAUCCGGGACCCGGCGAAGAAGAGCCGCGUGUGGCUCGGGACCUUCGACACCGCCGAGGACGCGGCGCGCGCCUACGACGCCGCCGCGCUCCAGUUCCGCGGCCCCAAGGCCAAGACCAACUUCGCCGCCGCCGCCGCCGCCGCCGCCGCCGCGAGCGCAGCAGCACCGUCGAGUCCUCCAGCCGCGGCGCCGCCGCGGCGCGCCCCGCUUCGCCCCCCCUCGCUCGAUCUCGAGCUCGCCCUCCCCUCCCGCGCUUCGCCGCCGCGUGGCGCGCAGCGCGUUCCUCUUCUUCGACCCGAUCGCCCGAUCCGACAAGAACGCCGCCGCCGCCGCCGCCGCGGCGGGAAGCGCGUUCGCCGCCGAGCGAACGGGGGGGGGGCGGAGGGGGCGAAGGGAUUCGGCGGCGGCGGCGGCGGCGGGGCCGUGAGUGACUCCGACUCGUCCUCCGUGAUCGAUUCGCCCGCGAGGGGGUUCGCGUUCGAGAUCGAUCUCAACCUCCCACCGCCUCCCGAGGUGGCUGCGGCGAAGUAG